AUGCUGCUCUCUCUAAGCUGCCACACCUCAGCAAGUGCUUCGGGGACACUGGGCUCGCUCCCCGGCUCAGCCCAGACCGGGCCUCGGGAUCCUGCUCACUGAGGCUUUGAAGGAAAAACUAUUUGCCUUGCGGCCUUGGGCCAGUGACCAGAUUUCAGGCAUCAACCGGCAAACAGACGUGGCAGGGACGUGCCUCUCUGAACCUCUGAGAUGGGACAGGCAGGUGCUGGCUGCCCCUCCUGUUGAAAACUGGCCUGUCUUUGCGGAGGGUACUUUCUUCAACUGGAAAAUGAAGAAAAAGCCAGCCUUUCCCUUCUCCACAGAAGGGUCCCCUAAGGCGCUGGGGAAAGCCGCGUGGUGGGUUUGGAAUCCUGAUCGACAGCAACUCUCACUUUAAGAGGCCACGGGAGACCAGCCACAGAUGGGAGCCUUCGUUAGUUUUGCAAGACCCAGCUGGGAUGCUGCCUUCUCCGAGAAGUCUUCCUGAAUCUCCUGGUCUGGACGCUGCAGGUCACCUGCCCUCAGGAGCCCUCCUCCCUCGGGAGAGCUCUCAGCUCUGACUCCUCCUUGGCCCCUCCUCCUGCCCAGCUCACCUUUAAUUGAGAUGCUAAUGAGGCUUCUGCGGCUUCCAUCCCGGGCUGGCAGGCGGGCUCCCCGGUCUGGCUGCUGCACCUGUCAGGGCUCAUGAAGGGAGACAAGCCUGAGGAGCCGGGGCCGGGCCUCGAGCCUUCGGGCCCCCUGCCGCCCACGGAGGAGGAGGAGGCCCUGCUCGAGUUCCACCGCUCCUACCGGGAGCUCUUCGAGUUCUUCUGCAAUAACACCACCAUCCACGGCGCCAUCCGCCUGGUGUGCUCACAGCACAAUCGCAUGAAGACAGUCUUCUGGGCCGUGCUCUGGCUCUGCACCUUUGGCAUGAUGUACUGGCAGUUCGGCCAGCUCUUCGGAGAGUACUUCAGCUACCCCGUCAGCCUCAACAUCAACCUCAACUCGGACAAGCUCGUCUUCCCUGCGGUCUCCAUCUGCACCCUAAACCCCUACAGGUACAAGGAAAUUCAAGAGGAGCUGGAGGAGCUGGACCGCAUCACGGAGCAGACUCUUUUCGACCUGUACAAGUACAACUCCUCCAACACCCUCGUGGCCCACGCCCGCUCCCGCCGCGACCUGCGGGAGCCGCUGCCGCACCCCCUUCAGCGCCUGCCCGUCCCGGCUCCGCCCCACGCGGCCCGCGGAGUCCGCCGCGCCGGCUCCAGCGUGCGGGACAACAACCCCCAGGUGAACAGGAAGGACUGGAAGAUCGGCUUCCAGCUGUGCAACCAGAACAAAUCGGACUGCUUCUACCAGACGUACUCAUCAGGGGUGGAUGCUGUGACAGAGUGGUACCGCUUCCACUACAUCAACAUUCUGUCCAGACGGAGACAGGACACCUCUCCCUCGCUGGAGGAGGACGUGCUGGGCAAAUUCAUCUUCACCUGCCGCUUCAACCAGGACUCCUGCAAUGAGGCGAAUUACUCUCACUUUCACCACCCGAUGUACGGAAACUGCUACACUUUCAACGACAAGAACAACUCCAACCUCUGGAUGUCCUCCAUGCCCGGGGUCAACAACGGUCUGUCCCUGACACUGCGCACAGAGCAAAAUGACUUCAUCCCACUGCUGUCCACGGUGACCGGGGCCCGGGUGAUGGUGCAUGAACGGGAUGAGCAUCCCUUUAUGGAUGAUGCUGGCUUUAAUCUGCGGCCUGGCGUGGAGACCUCCAUCAGCAUAAGUAAGGAAGCCGUGGACAGACUUGGGGGUGACUAUGGCGACUGCACCAAGAAUGGCAGCGAGGUCCCAGUGGAGAACCUUUACAAUACCAAGUACACGCAGCAGGUGUGCAUCCAUUCGUGCUUCCAGGAGAGCAUGAUCAAGGAGUGUGGCUGUGCCUACAUCUUCUACCCACUGCCCGAUGGCGUAGAGUUCUGUGACUACAAGAAGCAUAGUUCCUGGGGCUACUGCUACUAUAAGCUCCAGGAUGCCUUCUCCUCGGACCGCCUGGGCUGUUUCACCAAGUGCCGGAAGCCAUGCAGUGUGACCAUCUACAAGCUCUCUGCCAGUUACUCACAAUGGCCCUCCGUGACUUCCCAGGACUGGGUCUUCCAGAUGCUGUCCCGACAGAACAACUACACCGUCAAGAACAAAAGGGAUGGAGUUGCCAAACUCAACAUCUUCUUCAAGGAGUUGAACUACAAAUCUAAUUCUGAGUCUCCCUCAGUCACGAUGGUCACGCUCCUGUCCAACCUGGGCAGCCAGUGGAGCCUGUGGUUCGGCUCCUCCGUGCUGUCCGUGGUGGAGAUGGCUGAGCUCAUCAUUGACCUCCUGGUUAUCACCUUCCUCAUGCUGCUCCGGAGGUUCCGAAGCCGAUACUGGUCCCCAGGCCGAGGGGGCAAGGGAACCCAGGAGGUGGCCUCCACUCUAGCUGCCUCCCUCCCCUCCAGUUUCUGCCCCCACCCAGCUUCCUCCUCCUCAUCCCUGCCAGACCCUGCCAUCUCCCCGGCCUUGUCAGCCCCUCCACCUGCCUAUGCCACCCUGGGUCCCCACCCAGCUCCAUCAGGCUUGGCAGAGGCCAGCACCUCUGCCCACGCUCCGGGGGAGCCCUGAGAGGGAAGGACGGUAUCCCCUCCCCAAGGCAGGCACUUCCCUUGGUGGGAGGGACGCAGCCUUGGCAGGAUUCAAGAAUGUUUGGCGGCUUCCUGUCAGAGCUGCCCAGCUGCCCCUGGUGUAUGCGUGGGUGGGGGGGGGGGAUGAAGCAGCAUGGAUAGGGGGCUGCGGAAAUUGCCUGGAGACCCCCGGCCAGCAUUACCCCAGUUCCUCCCCGUACCCGCUGGUCUUGCCUGGAGAACACUUUGCUCUCCCCCACCCCAGUGCAGCCAAGUCCUCUUUUUCCUUGGAUCGGCUGAGCCAAACUUGGAUCUCUGACAAACAACUUUCCUAGGAAACAACUGAUGACCAGAACAAAACACAGACAAGGGCACACAAAGGCGUGUGUGGUUUCCUUCCUAAAGAUGGCUGGAUUCGGCCCCAGAAUGGCCCUCCACACUGACUUCCAGUGACACAGGCGUUUGCGCCUCUUCUUGAACUGGGGUGGGGAACCCCACCCCAAAAGCCCCCUCGGUUAGUUGCUAGGCAAUUCUGUUUGCCUGACUCCCAGGGCAGGAACUGGGGCAGCCCGAUGUAGUGAAGACCUGGAUUCCCAGUCAGCCUCACUACCCCAUCCCCCCGACGGAGCCUCUCCCGGCGCCUCUGCCCUGUGUCCUUGUCCUUUGUAACUCUGCGUAUUUGCUCAAGCUAUUUCCUUAGCCUGGAAGCCUCCCCCGCCCCCAUCUGUUGGAGGACUCCUAUGCAUCCCUGAGAACCCUGCUCGGAUACCAUUACUUCUGUGAAGGCUUCUUCCCCACCCUGUCUUCCCCAGAUCUUACCACUUCCCUCUCCCGUGGACUCCCAUCACAUCCGUGGGAGUGCUGACGCUGCAUUUAAUUUUCCUGUUCAUUUGUGUCUGUGUUCCCAGCAUGACCGAGCUCACUGUGGUUAGGGAUUGAGUCUUAUUCAUUCAUGUAUCCUCACGGUCUAGCCCAGUGUCCCGCUUGGAGCAAGUAGGCAGGUACUUAAUAAAUAUUGUUGCAUAAA